GUACGCUUCUGGUUAGUUGUCUUUUGUUUCCAGAACAAUCUAACGCUUUCUCGCUCCUCCUCUUCGUGUCUCUCUCCCUGCAAGCAAAUAUGAGUAGCAGCAGAUGGAACCGUACGAUCUACGUUGGGAACUUGCCUGGUGAUAUUCGUAUGAGAGAGGUUGAAGAUCUCUUCUACAAGUAUGGACCCAUUGUGGACAUUGAUCUGAAGAUUCCACCGAGACCUCCUGGUUAUGCAUUUGUUGAGUUUGAAGAUCCUCGUGAUGCAGAUGAUGCUAUUUAUGGACGGGAUGGGUAUGACUUUGAUGGAUGUCGUCUACGGGUUGAGAUUGCACAUGGUGGUCGUAGAGGUUCAUCUUCGGUUGAUAGGCACAGCAGCAGCUACAGUGGGAGCCGUGCACCUUCUAGACGGUCUGACUAUCGUGUGCUUGUGACGGGGUUGCCGCCAUCUGCUUCCUGGCAGGACCUUAAGGAUCACAUGCGCAAAGCUGGAGAUGUCUGCUUUUCUGAAGUUUUUCGCGACCGUGGAGGCAUGUCUGGGGUUGUGGACUAUAGCAACUAUGAUGAUAUGAAGUACGCGAUAAGGAAGCUUGAUGACUCUGAGUUUCGAAAUGCUUUCUCUAGAGCUUAUAUACGGGUGAGGGAUUAUGAGUCGAGGAGUGUGAGUCGCAGCCCAUAUUAUUCUAGAAGCAGGAGUCGAAGCCGUGGUCGAAGCUAUAGUUAUAGUAGCAGAAGUGUGUCGCCUGCUAGAUCUUCUCGAUCUCCAACUCCGUAUAGCUCGAUCUCAAGGUCCCGGUCAAGAUCGAGAUCAAAUUCUCCAGUUUCACCCGUGAGAUCUGACUGAAAAGAAGACCUGGUGACCGGGAAUAGAGUACCGCCGUAUCCAAAUUGAGUCAUGCUUCUCAUGGUCCACUCGUAGUAUAAUAAUCUGAUUUGGAUUUGAGUUACUUAUUAUAUCUCGAAUGAACAAUUAAUAAUGUGUUUUUUCUAUUUAAAAACUUUUAGUUGGUCUGUUAUUGUGUCUUUUAGCAAUGAACCGAACCUCUUAAAAUAAUCUAUUUGUGGUUGCUUGAAAAA